UUAGUUUCUUCGUGUUAGACUCAGCAUGUGAUAAGACUUCGAUGGAGCAAAGUAGCAGUACAAGUUUGAGGUCGUGGACUCUUCGAUUCAUACAAAUAAAAUCGAUUUACCAACUCAAUUAAUAAGAUUUUUCUAAGGAGUUGAAGAAUAAACAAAGAAGUCAUCGAUAAGAUAGUCCAUACAGUCCAAAUUCAUGUCGUAAGGUGGGGGAGGAGGAGGAAGGCAGCAGCAGGCGACGACCGCCCUCCCUCUUCAUCCCUCUUGUUUGUGAGCAGAUCAGCGGUGGGCUGGGGGACGAUGGCCUCCAGACUGAGGUUGACUCGGAACGCCAACCAGCCGCGAAGAUUCAGAUUCGUGCUGCUCAUCCUCGGAUGCCUUGUGGUCACAGUCACCUUCUUGGUGGUGUCUAAACCUCAGGCGCUUGUUCUUCCUAAACUCGGUUUCACCCCAUCGUCGCCGCCUCCACCAUCAGAUCACGACCUCGUGAAUGGCGAUGACCAUGGGAUAGAGGGGGCGGCUGAUUCAGUCGGAGAGGAGAGCCUCCAGGGAGAAAAGAAAGAGAAGGUUGUUGAUUCAACUCCGAAGGAAGACACAAGCAUCCACGAAUUGACGGAGGAGAGUGGUGCGAGAUCUGACGAUCUCAACUCGAAUCAAGAUGAGUUGCGCGAUAGACUGACGCUCCCGACCGUCUCGAACUACACCAUCGAUGAUCGCACCCAAGCAGACGGUGAGAAGAGUCAAGCUCCAGAGAGGAAGCCACUAUGUGAUGUUUCGGAUAGACGAGCAGAUAUCUGCGAGAUGGCCGGCGAUAUCAGGAUUUCCGGGAGCUCCUCAUCCGUCGUGCUCAUGGAAUCACCCAGAACAGAGGAGACAGAAAUUUGGCACGUUCAUCCUUAUCCUCGCAAGGGAGACGAAGCUUGUCUCAAAGGUGUCAGAAAACUUGCGGUCAAAGCUAGCAGUGAAGCCCCUCGAUGCACCGUCAACCACGACGCCCCGGCUGUCGUCUUCUCCACUGGCGGAUAUACCGGUAACCUCUUCCAUGACUACAGCGACGUGCUCGUUCCCCUCUUCUUGACGGCGCGUCCAUUCGACGGAGAGGUUAAGUUGGUCGUCACCGACUCCAAAAGCUGGUGGAUCACCAAGUACCUCCCCGUGCUCCAGAAGCUGUCCAAGUAUCCGGUGAUCGACCUCGACAUGGACAAAGAAGUGCAUUGUUUCAAGCAGGUGACGGUGGGUCUUCGAGCUCACAACGAGUUCCACAUCGACCCUAAGAGAUCUCCUAAUGGCUACACCAUGAUCGACUUCGCUAAGUUCAUGAGGAGUGCCUUGUCGUCGGAGAGAGAGACACUGCUCAACAUCGAAGAUCUCGCGGCUCGGAAGCCGAGGCUAUUGAUCGUCGGAAGGAAGCAAUCGCGAGUUAUUACAAACACCAAGGAGAUCGUUGAAAUGGCAGAGGAGUUGGGAUUCGAGGUGGUGGUCGACGAAGCGGAUGCAGGAUCCGACUUGGCUCGCGUGGCGCGAACCGUCGACUCCUGCGACGUGAUGAUGGGCGUGCACGGAACGGGUCUCACCAACUCGGUGUUCCUGCCGCUGAAUGCGAUUCUGAUUCAGAUCGUUCCAUGGGGACGACUGGAAUUGAAAGCCAUGCAGGAUUAUGGGAACCCUGCCAAGGAAAUGGGUCUCGGCUAUUUGGAGUAUAGCAUUGCAAUAGAAGAGAGCAGCCUGAAGGAGAAGUAUCCAAGGGACCACCCUGUGUUCACGGACCCCUUGUCAUUCCACAACCGUGGGUAUCAUGUUAUGAGGGCCACGUUCAUGGAUGACCAGAACGUGAAGCUUGAUGCUAGGAAGUUCAAAGAGGUCCUGUGGAAAGCACUCGAGCAUCUAAUCCAGUAGCAGAGUGAGAUCAUUUGCUAUCCUUUUUACAUUCUUUCGUACGUUGUUCUACCUGUGUUUGGGAAACAUCUUAUCCAGUAUAAGUAGCAUCUUGGUAGGUCAUGUUCUACUUCUAUGCUGUUGAAUUUGCAUUCCCACAGUAAUCAUACAUGAUUUUUCUAAA